AUGGUAACCGGAUCAGACCAGCUUUCCUCGUCCGAAAAGAAACGCCUUCGGGAUAGAAGGGGCCAGAAGAAGCUCCGGGAGAAACGCGAGAGCCGGAUCCAGGCCUUGGAGCGCCAGGUUGCGACUUGCAAACAGCACCAUGGCGUCGAUAGAACAGGCAAUCUUAUUUCCGUAGUGAACCAGCUAUACAGGGAGAACGAAGCUCUUCGGGCGCGACAUGCCCGCUUACGUGCAGCUCUCAUGGAGGAUGAUCCAGCAAACCACAUACCAAUCAAUCUUGGGAAUAUUGAGCCACCUAGGCUGUCUAGUUUAGACCAGGUGCCUAUAUCCCUCGCACCAAACCAACUGCCAACCGAGUCGGAUCAUUCAGAUCAGACCCAAAGCCUGGCCACGACUGCAACUCAGGCGGAACCAAAUCUAAGCAACACCGCGGAUGCCUCUCAAGAUGCUGGAGAUCAACUUCCCCCAGAGAGUGCGUGGUACUUGGUACCUAUGAGCACUACCCAGGCAAACCAAAUAGCAUUCCCAGGAACCUGCCCAUGGUUCGAAUAUCCCGAUCUCGUAUCCGCAUGCCCUACAACGGCAUCACCACUGGACCUUCUGCACGGGACUCGCCGCAACUUCCUAGCCGAUGAGAUCCAUGGUAGCCUUCGGCACCGCGCGAUCCGAGACGCCGAAUGCCUAGCAUUUGGAUGGCUAUUAUACCAUUUCAGUAAAUGGCUUGUCAUGCCAGAUCCAACGACAUUCGCACGACUGUCCCCAUUCCAACGGCCUAUCAAACCGCAGUUCCAGGUUGACCACCCCCGCGCGAUAGACAUGGUGGUGUGGCCGCAGAUGCGAGCCAACCUGCUGAACAACUGGACCAGCUACGACUUUGUGGAUUUGAUGGCGUACAUGAGCUGCUGCACGAAACUGCGGUGGCCGUGGGGGAAGCCCAUUCUGGAACGUGAUUCGGAUGAUGAGUUGCAGAUGCGUGGAGACUAUUUCGAGACCUUCACCAAGGAGAGUGCGUGGGGAUUGACGUCGGAGUUUAUCGAGCGUUAUCCGGAGCUGUUACAGGGAAUGGAUGUCGAGGCGGUCCGGUUCCGACUCAGCCUGCCGAAUGAGGUUUAA